AUGUUGCCCAGUCGAGACGUAUCUGAUCCUGUUAUCCGCCGACGACAAAAUUCCCCACAAUUUGCGAGUGUACUCGGACCGGCAACCUGGUGGACACUACGUAGCGAACCAUUCACCAAGGCCAUCAGCGUCAUGAUUUCAUUCUUCCUCUUGCUUCCCGUAGUGGGUGCUCUGGCACUCAUUGCAUCAGUCUUCUACAAGUCACUAGCUCUGAAAGAUGUUCCUGGUCCGUUCACCACGAGAUUCACAAAGAUCCCUCUUCUCUACCAGACAAUCACUCUGAACAGAACUCGAUAUAUCCACGAGUUGCAUCGCAAAUAUGGCCCUCUGGUGCGAUUGGCCCCUGACGAGAUCUCUGUCAACCAUCCACCAUCCGUCGGUCCCAUCUACAACUAUGAGAAGACGCAUUUUUACAAUGCCUUCGAGGCCUAUGGGGCGAAGAACAUGUUCAGCACUCCAGACCGUGCGCGUCAUAGCGGUAGGAGAAAGCAUCUUGGUGGCGAAUACACCAAGGCCUACAUGAUACGACCCGAGAAUUUGACCGUCAUCUACGACCGCGUUAGACAGAUGAUGAACAACAUCUCGGAGCACAGCCCUGUCGAUGUGUUCUAUCUAUUCAACUAUAUGGCACAAGAUGUCAUCUCCGGUUUCUUCUUCGGCAACCAGAACGGAAGCCACCUGCUCCAAGGACAAGACACCGAAGUGUUUGAUGCCUGGCAUAUGCGAAGACAGACCUUCCACUGGUUUGCCGAGCUGCCGAACGUCACCAAGCUUCUAUACUCGUCCGGGAUUGCGAACCUGCUACCAGGCUGGAAAGAUGCCGCGACAGGAGAACAGAUCAUCAACGAUAUGACCCACAAGUGGAUGGACAAGUGUGACCCGGAAAAGGCGCACCUCCUGACCAAACUCAUGAAGACGGAUCUAUCGCGCGAGCAAAUCUCUGCGGAAGUUAUGGACCACAUGGGUGCGGGGCACGAGACGACGGGCACGACGCUCACGUUCAUGAUUGACCACCUCUCCAAAAACCCCGAGCAACAGAAGAAACUGCACGAGGAACUCAAGAACGUCGACCUUGACGACUUCGCCGCCGUUGACAAGCUACCAUAUCUGCACGGCGUCGUCCUGGAGACCCUGCGACUGUACUCGUCCAUCCCGGCUUCGGAGCCUCGCGUCGUGCCCGACGGCGGAGUCACGCUGCUGGACAAAUUCAUCCCGGCUUCGACCGUCAUCUCCGCCCAGCCAUACAGCAUGCACCGACAGGAAGAGUACUUUGAGCGAUGUCUGGAAUUCAUCCCCGAGCGCUGGAACGAGCCGACGGCCAAGGCCAAGACGGCUUGGAUGGCCUUCGGGAAGGGCACGAGGGGCUGCAUUGGCCAGAACAUCGCCAUGGUCACGAUCAAGGUUGCCAUCAGCCAUUUGUACAAGACGUUUGAGACGAGGAAGCCGGCUGUGCUCCCUGAGAAGGAGAAUAUGGAUUUCAAGGAUUAUUACAUGAUCACGCCCGUUAACGAUACCUGUACGGUCGUCUUCCAGAAGGUGGAUGAUGGGGAGAAACUAUAG